AUGAAGGAGGAGCGCCAAGCUGCUGCUGCUGCCGCCGCCGCCGCCGCCGCGGCUUCAGCGGGAGGGAACGAUCCCAAAGAGCUUGAAGGUGAGGAGAUUCCGAAGCCAGGGAGGAAAAACGCGUCGGUAAGGCGAAGAGACAGCCUACAAGACAGCCCCUACGUUAUUGAGAGCGAGCGUAUCCUCGGGAAGCAUCAUACCCCUCUCAAGAAGAGUGACCUCGAAGCUAGUGUGCUGAGCUCUAGCAAACCUCCCAGGGCCCGUGAUCGAGGUCGAGACGGAGCCAUGUCAGCCCCUCCUGUCAUGGCAGAGGAUGCAGACCUUUCUUUCUCUCGGAUAUCUGCCUUCGAUCAGAGGAGCGUCGGACCGACUUCUCCCACCAAGGACGAGGCCAUAACGUCGAGCGCCACAAUCCCGAGCAUCAAGGCCUGCAUGAAGCCCUUCGAGCGACUGUCGAGGACGAGGCCUCCGAAGAGCCUGACGGUCAAGACGGCCAAGACUGUGGAGCUCCUGGAGGCGGAGGUGGCGCAGGACGUGACUCGCAAGUCAGUGUUCGAAGAGGUGUCGCUAGGGUUGGAGAGGUCGUCGACAGAGCUCAUCUUCCUCAAGGUAGCAGCUGGAGAUGUGAAGGAGCCGAGGAGGGGGAUCCACCUCAACAAUUUCAUCGAGGAGCGGCCGGAGGAGAUUGAUUCACCUCGAUCUAUCGAGAUUCUCUGUGAGCGAGGCGUCGAGCCCAAUGAUAUCCGCCACUUCUCCGAGGAGCACUUCAAAGAGAAGUUCCCAAGGGAUCAAGUCAAAGCAAAGUUGUGGUUUGAAGAGCACGAGAAGAGGAGAAAACUUCUCAUCAAGAGGCUUCAGCGGCAGAGGAUGAAGAUGAUAGAGGAGGAGAGGUCAAGGCGAGAGCACGAGCGCUCGCAAGAGCGUUCGGUUGAGCAGUCAGUCGAAAAGUCGCACGUUGUGGAGGCCGCGCAGGCUAAUUCGCCCAACGAGAGCGAACGGCGAGCACAGGAGGAGGUGAAGGCGGACGGAGGCUCCAGCCCCAAUGGCAAGACCAUGUCGCAGUCAGGAAGCAACAGGCCUCCUACCCCGUGA